AUGGGGGGUUACGCCGAGCCGAGAGCAGCUCGCAUCCCACAAUAGCGACGGAGUUUGUCAAGCAAGCGCUGCUGGUGGUUUUCAAUCUAAAAGGGGGAGAAAGCUAGCCCGGGGAAGCUCUGCGGAGGAGAGAUGUAAAAUGGCAGAGCUACAAAUGCUGUUAGAGGAAGAGAUUCCGGCCGGUAAACGUGCGCUUGUGGAGAGUUACCAGAACCUGACCAGAGUAGCUGACUACUGCGAGAACAACUAUGUCCAGGCCCAGGACAAACACAAGGCCCUGGAGGAGACCAAGGCCUACACCACCCAGUCCCUGGCCAGCGUGGCCUACCAGAUCAAUGCCCUGGCCAACAAUGUGCUGCAGCUACUGGACAUCCAAGCAUCGCAGCUCCGCCGCAUGGAGUCCUCCAUCAACCACAUCUCCCAGACGGUGGACAUCCACAAGGAGAAGGUGGCCCGGCGAGAGAUCGGCAUCCUGACCACCAAUAAGAACACGGCGCGCACCCACAAGAUCAUCGCGCCGGCCAACAUUGAGCGGCCCGUGCGCUACAUCCGCAAGCCCAUCGACUACAACGUGCUGGACGACGUGGGCCACGGGGUCAAGUGGCUAAAAGCCAAGCAACAUGGAAACAAUCAGCCAAUCAGAGGUGGCGGAACUCUGUCGAGGACCAAUCCCCCGACGCAGAAGCCCCCGAGCCCGCCCAUGGCAGGGCGGGGCACCUUGGGGCGCAACGCGUCCUACAAGACCCUGGAGCCGGUGAAACCGCCAACGGUGCCCAACGACUAUAUGACCAGCCCCGCCCGGCUCAGCCACCAGAACAGCCCCGGCCGCACGGCCUCCGUCAACCAGAGGCAACGCACGCACAGCGGGAGCAGUGGGGGCAGCAGCAGCAGAGAGAACAGCGGCAGCAGCCUGCCCAUCGCCGUGCCAACGCCCUCCAUCCCCAACUCUGGACCAGUCCAGUUCUUGUUCCCUCCCCUUGGAGCCCCACCCCCACCCCCACCCCCACCUACUCCUCCUCCUCCUCCACCCCUCCUGCCGGCACCCCCCAUGUCGGGGCUAGCCAACCCACCUCCUCCUCCACCCCUAGCCGUGAUUCCUGGGCCAGGCCUGGGCCCCGUCCCAAUGUCUCAGUUCGGGACCAUCUCGCGGCAGAUCUCGCGCCACAACUCCUCCACCUCCUCUUCCGUCUCCAUGGUUUCGGCCACGGGAACCUACCGCCGCGCGCCCUCCACCACCUCCCAGUUCUCCCUGCAGCAGCAGCAGCAGCAGCUCCAGCAACAGCAGCUCCAGCAGCAACAGCUACAACAGCAGCAGCAAUUUCAGCAGCAGCAGCAGAUACAGAUUCAACAGCAGCAGCUACAGCUGCAGCAGAUGGCGCAGAUGCAGCAACAGCAAAUGCCUCACAUUAACGGAGGCACCCCUGGUUAUGGGCUGAACUCAAUGUCUAUCGCCCCUCCUCCGCCUCCCAUGCCACAGCUGACACCUCAAAUUCCACUCACUGGCUUUGUGGCCAGGAUGCAGGAGAGCAUCGCGGAUUCGCCCACCCCCCCGCCUCCACCACCGCCCGACAGCAUGGCGCUGUUCGACGACUCCCCCCCGCCGCCUCCCCCUCCCCCCGUGGACUACGAGGAGGAGGAGGCGGCUGUGGUCCACUACAGCGACCCCUACGCCGACGGAGACCCCAACUGGGCCCCCAAGAACUACAUCGAGAAAGUGGUGGCCAUCUACGACUACUCCAAGGACAAGGAUGACGAGCUAUCCUUCAUGGAGGGCGCCAUCAUCUACAUUAUCAAGAAGAACGACGACGGCUGGUACGAGGGCGUGUCCGGUAGCGUCACCGGCCUCUUCCCCGGGAACUACGUGGAGUCCAUCAUGCACUACGCCGACUGAGCUAGCCGCUAGCCGCGCUAGCUAAAAGACGCCGCCUUGUGACGCAAGCUUGCUACUGACUGUCAGCGAUGUUAGCUAGUAGACUUUAGUUAGCCGAGGCCAGUUAGAGACGCUAGCUAGCCGAGGCCAGUUUGCGACGCAAGCUAGCCGAGGCCAGUUUGCGACGCAAGCUAGCCGAGGCCAGUUUGCGACGCAAGCUAGCCGAGGCCAGUUUGCGACGCAAGCUAGCCGAGGCCAGUUUGCGACGCAAGCUAGCCGAGGCCAGUUUGCGACGCAAGCUAGCCGAGGCCAGUUUGCGACGCUAGCUAGCCGAGGCCAGUUUGCGACGCUAGCUAGCCGAGGCCAGUUUGCGACGCUAGCUAGCCGAGGCCAGUUUGCGACGCUAGCUAGCCGAGGCCAGUUUGCGACGCUAGCUAGCCGAGGCCAGUUUGCGACGCUAGCAAGGCGAGGCCAGUUUGCGACGCUAGCUAGGCGAGGCCAGUUUGCGACGCUAGCUAGGCGAGGCCAGUUUGCGACGCUAGCUAGCCGAGGCCAGUUUGCGACGCUAGCUAGGCGAGGCCAGUUUGCGACGCUAGCUAGCCGAGGCAAGUUUGUGACGCUAGCUAGCCGAGGCCAGUUUGUGACGCUAGCUAGCCAUGGCUAGUAAGCGACCCUAGCUAGCCGAGGCCAGUUUGCAAUGCUAGCUGGUCAACUUCAGUUAGCGAUGCUAGCAGGGCCAAUGCGUGGUGGCGGCGUAUUUAUUGAUACCGCGAUCCUGGUCUAAACUCGAGACCACUGCCGCCAGGUCAAACCCCAAACACCCCCCAUCCUAACGUAUACGUAGGCACAACGUUUAACUGCUUUUCUUUUUGAUAUCACAAUGUUAUUGCCCCCUUAACAAAUAUGUUUGCAAAUAAAUAAAUAAAAAAUGUUUAUCGAUAAGAGUUUAUUUUGCGGUUUGCAUACCGGGGAGGGGAGAGGAGGGAUUUGUUGAAACGUAUAAACAGGGAAAGAUUGCAAAGUCUUGGAACUGUACGAUGGAUCGGAUACUCUAGUUCAGUCUCUGGAAGUCUGGGAAUACCGAGACUGAUCGUUGCAACCAAGCUCGAGAACAGCAACUUUUACAACACUUCUUAAAUGUACUACAGAUUCCUGACGGCUACUUGGAUGAUGAACUUGGGUCAUGUUUCCCGCCAUUAUGGGAUUUAUUGGUCGGUCCAGUAAACCAAGUCAACAUAUGGGUAAAGCGAGCUCAGAUGAUUCCUUAAAAGACACGUUUUUUUAAUCUUAAUUAAGGGCUGUGAAUAAAAGAUAAAAAAAAAAAGAUAACAUAUUGACUUGAACAGGCGAGCUGACGGAUUGACAUACGCUUAUUUAUGUAUGCAAAUCAUACAGAAUGGUUGUGACUCAGGGUUGUGUCGAAUGCGGCAGAACUCUCAAUGCGCUCUUAAUUUGGUAGUUCUCUAAUUGUAAAUACAAUUAGAGUCUCUAAUUGUAUGUAAUGGUUAAUUCACUGCCUGCCCAUUACCGAUGGCUGUCUGGGAUUAUGCUAAUCUAAUCAACCACAAUACUAAUCCCAAUACCAAUAAAUCUUGUCUAGGUAUGUAUGGACAAUUAUAUAUCCUGAAGGCAAAUUACACAGGAAAUUCACAUCAUGGUGAGAAAGCAUGCAAUAUAGAAUUUAUGAAAUGUAUUACCGUUUAUGUUGUCAAUAUAUACAAAUUGAUUUGUUUUUAUUGCAUUGUUUAAUUUGUUGUACUGUCCAAAUCACUGAAUGAUUUAGAAUUUUUAAUAAGAACUUUUUCAGGGCUCCGGUUUUUAAAAUGCUGAUUUUCGUUUGGUUCAGAAUUUGAACACUUCAGUUUCACAUCUUGAUUAUGGCUUUCAAUGUCAGACGCAUUGUUUAUAACUUUUUACUUCUAUAAAAUAUGUGGAGCAGUCCAAAUGUCAUGGCCUAUUGAACAAUGUCUCCGGAGGGAAACUAGGCGUUCCCCGUCUUCUCCGGGUUAUGUUUCAGUUUGAGAUGACUUGCCAAUCACUGCCAGCCCUCGCCGAGCAAAAAAAGGAAAUCUGAAUCUGAGAUUAUGAGGAAAGGGUUGUGAGUGAUUGAAUUGAUCUUUCAGCUUUGAUUUGUCAAGCUAUAGAUUAUUCUAGUGUAUGAUUAACGCAUCACCCUUUACCUCACAAGAGGGUGCAACAUAAUGGCCUGAUUGGGUGAUUUCUCCCAUGAUGCCUUGCAUUUCCCCAGAUCCUUAAUCUGACCAGAACCUAAAAAAUAAUACCCUACCAUUUGCAAUGCAUCAUGGGAAAUAAACUACAGAAAAAAAAAGGUGGUUGCAUCAAAACAAAAAAGGGGCUUUGAUUAAUGAGCAUCUUUUUGUUUCCAUGGGGAAUGCAUUAAGUUUGGUUUAAUUUGAAACGAGGAUGUACACAGAAGUUCAGAUUCAUGGCUAGAAAACUUAAUGGGUCCAACAUCUCUGCCCCUACAUUGUAUAUAUAAUGUGUUCAUUGAAAACUUAAUGUACAGUCUUUUAUAAUAAACCAUUAUAUGUACAA